AAUCAGACACAGUGUUACAGUAUCACAAUCCAUUAGGUGGCGACAAAGACCUCCAGCUAGGAUUAAUAUUUGUCUUGCGAAGACGAAGAAGCUUUCCUCAAUACCGAGUUCCGAUUGGUUGUUUACACGAGCGUUCUACACACUCACAAGAUGGCAGCGUCCUUAGGAAAGUUGUGCUGUAAUCAGCUGCCACUGACAGCGAGGAAAAUUGGCAGUGGCUGGCUCCACUUCAGAGCACAAGGAGCCGGACAGUUUCAUCCAGGGCCAUGGCGUUCAUUAUCCAGUGGGCGACAGCGGUUCAAUGCAGCCUCUCUCGGCCUUCAGGCUCGCAGCAGGCCCUUUACUCUCCUCAUCGCCACUGGCGGAGGCUACAUGGGAUACGACCAGUACGGCCGCUACAAGGACCGGGAGCUAACAAAGAUUGGUAUCGAGGUGCCUCCACGCAUCGCCAAUGAAGCCCAGGCAGACCAGUCCUCCUCCAGUCUCUCACUGUCACCAGUCUGCUGCAGCUCCUCUCAGAUCAGCUGUGAAACAGUCACCCCACCUUCUGGCACCCAGCCUCUGCCCUCUGGUACAAAAUAA